AUGUUACCAGCACCUUCUAUAUAUGCCUCAAUUUCUUACCCAUCUCUCCCCCUUCCAUCUCCUAUUUUAUACAAAUCCAUUGCUGGUUCCUCCAUUAUCUCCCAAUUUUGCUUAGACGCCUGUCAAAUGGAUCAAAUUCUGCCCCAAAAAUUUGUAUUGGAAGCCCAAGAGGCCGAAUCGAUCAGCCAAUACCUCAAUCUCCCGUCGGUGCAACACCUCCUACCCCGCCUAGUUCAAUCCGCGCAGUCGCUAGCCCGUCCGCCCAUAUCAAAUUUUCAUGUUGGAGCGGUGGGUUUGGGCUCCGAUGGCCGUGUGUUCAUAGGCGUCAAUCUGGAGUUUCCGGGACUCCCACUUCACCACUCUGUACACGCCGAGCAGUUUCUCCUUACCAAUCUUGCUCUCCAUGGGUGUCCUCAGCUACUGUCUUUUGCAGUUUCUGAUGCUCCCUGCGGUCACUGCCGCCAGUUCUUGCAGGAGCUCCGUAACUCCUCGUCCCUUGGAAUCCUUGUCACGUCCCAUGUUCAAGGAAAUCUUGACAAGAGUCUUUCUUUCAAGCCCUUGUCUGAAAUUCUAACGAAUCCAUUUGGCCCACACGAUCUUUUAAGUGAAGAAAUUCCGCUUCUUCUCGAGCCACAUAAUAACGGGUUAUCUCUGUUACCGAAAAAGGCUUUAUAUGUGGAAGGAAAUUCGACCAAUCUUUGCAAUGGUAAUUGUGAAUUGUCUGCGUGCAAUGAAAAUUCUGUAAAAUUGAGCAGUGGGAAUCGGGAAAAGAAUGAAAAGGAUGAGAUCCUUUUGAGAAAGGCGGCAUUGGAAGCUGCUAAUAAUUCACAUGCACCAUACAGUGGGUGCCCUUCUGGGGUGGCGUUGAUGGAUUCUGAAGGGAAGGUGUAUAGAGGGUCGUAUUUGGAGUCUGCGGCAUACAAUCCUAGUUUGGGGCCGAUCCAGGCGGCAUUGGUGGCCUUUUUGGCUGGAGGCGGUGUUGGGUAUAAGGGUAUUGUGGCCGCAGUUUUGGUGGAGAAGGAAGAGGCUAAGGUGAAGCAGGAAGAUACUGCAAGGCUUAUUUUGAAGGCGGUUUCGCCCAGAUGUGAAUUUACGGUGUUCUAUUGUCGAUCAGCAGAAAGUGGAUGUAAAAAAUAG